AUGUUCUCGCUGAAGCUCUUCGUUUCCCUCGCCCUCGCCUCGGUCGCUGCGGCUCAGUCCGCAGUGUACGGCCAAUGUGGUGGGAUCGGGUGGAGCGGCCCUACUACAUGUGUGGCGGGCUCGACUUGCUCGGUGAUCAACGCCUACUACUCCCAGUGUUUGCCCGGCGCUGCUUCAUCCUCGACCGUCGCGACUUCGACUUCGACCAGCUCUGGCAGCACGCCCACGUCUGGCAGCGGUCUGGCGUCGAUUCCCGCGUCGACUCUCACCCAGUUCUCGAACUUCGGCACGAACCCGAACAACGUCCAGAUGUUCGUGUACAAGCCUAAGAAGGUCGCGACGAAGCCAGCUCUCAUCGUCGCCUCCCAUUACUGCCAGGGUACCGCCCAGGCGUACUUCUCUGGGUCCAAGUUCGCGCAGCUUGCUGAAACUUACGGCUACGUCGUGAUCUACCCCUCUUCGCCCCAUUCCGGUACCUGCUGGGAUGUCUCCUCCGACGCGACUCUCACGCACAACGGUGGCUCUGACUCCCUCUCGAUUGCCAACGCUGCCCGCUUUGCCAUCUCCAACUGGGGCGUCGACGCGAACCGCGUCUUCGCCGUCGGCACGUCCUCCGGCGCGAUGAUGACCUCCGUCCUCGCUGGCGCGUACCCCGAUGUCUUCAAGGCGGGCAUCGUCGACUCCGGUGUCGCCUUCGGCUGCUUCGCCCUGCCCGGCCAGCCGGAAGACAGUUGGAACAGCCAGUGCGCGGAGGGCCAGCUCGUCCUCACCGGCGCGCAGUGGGCGCAGAAGGUCCGCGCGGCGUACUCUGGCUACACCGGGAGCUACCCCAAGAUGCAGGUCUGGCACGGCACCGCUGACACGACGCUCUACCCCCAGAACUUCCAGGAGGAGAUCAAGCAGUGGACGUCCGUCUUCGGCUACUCCGCCACGCCGUCGAGGAACGUUUCCGAGUCGUACCUCCCGGGCGGCUACUCCAACUCGACGUUCGGCCCCAACUUCCAGGCGAUCCUCGCCCAGGGCGUCGGCCACACCGUCCCGCUCUUCGAGCAGCAGUACCUCCAGUUCCUCGGCAUUGCGUAA